ACGGCGCCGGUGCCUGCAAGCAAGCCCAAGGACACCAGCGCGGAGCCGUUGGGCGUUUGCCAGCGGCAGCUACAGCAGCAACCCAGCCAACGUCCCGAAUACUGCAAUAAGCACACACAGAACAUCACCGUCAACGUCCCGAAGCUGUCAGCUCUCGUCGAGGAGGAUGAGGAGGAUUGCCGCGAAGGCGUUGGAGCUGUCGACAGCGGCGGUGCUGGGGGUCAGAUGCGUGCUGCAUCACCUAUAAGCCCAUUUGUGCUCCAGGAAAUGCAGCGAAAUGCUGCCGAUGCGGACAGCGAUAGGUUACGGGAAAACUGGGGAUUCGCGCCGGGCAACGAUGAUACGCUACGCUGCAAUUUCGGCCAUGUCGUUAUGGGCGAGACGACGUACAACCACGUGUACGGCCCGGGUACAGGCCAGAUCACACGAGCAUUUGAGAGCCAGCCACCAGGGCAUGCCCACUCGAACGUGCCUUUGGUGUUAGCAACGCGGCAGUUGCAGCCUCCUGGGCCGCUACCGCAGACAUCAUUUGCGGACACCACAGGGAAGCUGUUGGAGGACGACCAGAC